AUGAAGUUUACCAAGGCCCUUUUCUUCCUUCUUGCUGGUACCGCCAGUACCUCUGCUUUCGCACCAGCCCAUUCCUUCGGACGUGUUGCCGUCCCAUCUCCUUUCGAACUUGAGGCCAAGAAGUCCAUCGAGGACCUUACCGAAGCUGAAUUGAAGGGAAAGAAGGUCUUGGUUCGUUGCGAUGUUAACGUUCCCCUUGACGGAAAGAAGAUCACUGAUGAUACCCGUAUCCGCUCCUCUAUCCCCACCAUCGAGUUCUUGAAGAGCAAGGGUGCCAUCGUCACCGUCUGCUCUCACUUGGGACGCCCUAAGGAUGGACCAGAGGACAAGUUCUCCCUUGGACCUUGCGCCGAUCGUAUGGGAGAGCUUCUUGGCCAAACUGUCACCCUUGCCCCCGACUGCAUUGGUGAUGCCGUCAAGAAGAUUGUUGACGAAGCCAAGGAAGGUGAUGUCAUCAUGCUUGAGAACACCCGAUUCUACAAGGAAGAGACCAAGAACGAAGCUGGAUUCGUUGAGAAGCUUGCUGCCCCCUUCGAUCUUUACGUCAACGACGCUUUCGGUACUGCCCACCGUGCCCACGCAUCCACUGAGGGUGUUACCAAGUUCCUUCAGCCAUCUGUUUCUGGAUUCCUUUUGGCCAAGGAACUUGAAUACCUUGAUGGCGCCGUCAACAACGGAAAGACCCCAAUGGCCGCCAUCGUUGGAGGAUCCAAGGUUUCCUCCAAGAUCACCGUCCUUGAAGCCCUUCUUGACAAGUGUGACAUCAUCAUCAUCGGAGGAGGUAUGGUUUUCACCUUCUUGAAGGCCAAGGGUCUUAGUGUUGGUACCUCCCUUGUUGAGGACGACUACGUUCAAACCGCCAAGGAUGUCCUAGCCAAGGCCGAGAAGCUCGGAAAGAAGAUCUUGCUUCCCUGCGACAUCAUCGUCGCCGACAAGUUCGCCGAAGAUGCAGAAACCCAAGUUGUUGCCGUCGACGCCAUCCCUGAUGGCUGGAUGGGACUUGACAAUGGACCCGAAACCACCAAGGAACAAAAGGAAGCUCUUUCUGACUGCAAGACCAUCAUCAUGAACGGACCCAUGGGAGUCUUCGAAUUCGAAAAGUUCGCCGCUGGAACUUUCGGAAUUGUUAACAUCUUGGCUGACUUGACCAAGGAGAAGGGAGCCAUCACCGUUAUCGGAGGAGGAGACUCUGUUGCCGCCACUGAGUUGUCUGGACGCGCCGGAGACAUGAGCCAUAUCUCUACCGGAGGAGGUGCCUCCUUGGAACUUUUGGAAGGAAAGAUCCUUCCAGGUGUUGCUGCCUUGAACGAGAAAUAA